UUCCUCUUUUUAUUUGUUAUGGAAGAUGUCACGAGCGGGACAAGCGAUGAUAUCGGCGUCAAUGUCCAAAUUAUUAAGUCUUGCCAGGUCUUCUGCCCUCCUCAGCAACAUCGCGGCGAGACAACACUUUUCUGGGCCCCUCCGCAGCCCUCAGCCCAUUUCUACUGUGAGUCUUCGACCUUUCAGUGGCGCUGUAAGCCAGCAGAGGUCGGAUCUUGAUGAAAAGGUCCAUCUCACCGAGUCGUGUGUCAAGAGACUUGGUGAGAUCAUGGGGGAAGGAGAGUACCUAAGAAUACGCGUGGAAGGUGGAGGCUGCUCCGGCUUCCAGUACAAGUUUUCCGUUGAUGCUGAUAGGACCGAAGAUGACAGAGUGUUCGAGCAGGACGGAGUGGGGAUCGUUGUGGACCAGGAUAGCCUAGAGUUUGUGAAAGGAGCCACGGUGGAUUUCAGCCAAGAACUCAUCCGUGCCACCUUCCAGGUGCUCAAGAAUCCCCGAGCUGAUCACGGCUGUUCCUGUGGAAGCUCCUUCUCUGUCAAACUUUAAAUGACACAGCACUGGUGGUCUGUAGAACAUGUGUGGUGCCGCCUACUUCAUAUAGACAAGGUACAUUUUGCAGGCUGGCCAGUGUAAAAAGUGACAAGAGGUUUCAAGCCCCAUACACGUUUUUGUUUAUUUUUUUCCAUAAUCUCACAGAAACUACCUUUAAACUUCAGUGACCGCUGGCAAAAAAAAUAAUCACUAUAGUGGCUUACAGUAGCUUGUAACAGAUUUACAAAAAAGCAAAACUUGUUUUGACGUUUCCUUAUGCAUGUAAAAUAUGUAAAUAACCCAAACAAAUGUAUUUAUGUGAUUGCAAAUAAAAUGUGAAAUUGUGAA